CAGCAGCUCCCCGUGUGUGUGUGUGCGCGCACGCACGCGUAUGCGUGAGCGAGGCACUAUGCAGUCGGAGCUCCACACACACAGAGCAUGCCUGUGAGUGCGGGCUCGGGCAAACAUGAGCCUUCCCAGCCCAAAGAUCGUCCACAGCAGCAGCCUGAACUCCCGUCUGAGCCCCCCUCUGCCCUCCCCCUCUCUCUCCCUCUCUCGCUGCCUCUUUCUCUCCCUCUCCUCAUCUACUCUCGCCCUGCGCAGCCUCUUCCCAGCACCAGCCGGGGGGACAGCUCCCGCUCUCCGCACGCCGGCCCCAUGGAGGAACCGCAGGGCAACACACUGGUCGUCCGCAUAGGCAUCCCUGACCUGCAGCAAACGAAAUGCAUGAAAUUUAACCUGGAGUCACCUAUCUGGUUGUCUAAACAACAAAUCCUCUGCACACUCAACCAGAGCCUGAAAGAUGUGUUAAAUUACGGACUCUUCCAGCCUGCGUACAACGGCAAAGCUGGAAAGUUCCUGGAUGAGCAGCGCACACUGAAAGAAUACCCACUUCCUGCCAUCCCUCCUGUCCCGUACCUUGAGUUUCGCUACAAGAGGCGAGUGUACACACAGACCCACUUGGAUGAAAAACAGCUGUCGAAACUUCACACUAAGCUGCCGGACUGCGCCAUCUCCUGCUCGCACAGGGGGGCUGAUGAACGCAAACUCACGCACAUGUGA